AUGGAGAGAAUUGCGUUGGGAGCAACUGCCGCCAUUGAUAAGACCGAAAGGCUAACGGUUAUCAAACAGCCUUUCCCUGAGGCUAGACACGAGGUUACCUUUGAGCGGCAGGUAUAUGAGAGAUUGGGAGCACAUCCACGAAUUGCAAGAUAUAUUCGUCCUCUAAGCCACACAUUUGAGAUGGAAUAUUACCAGCUUGGCUGCAUAGACCAAGCAAGGCAUAAAAUUGAAUCCAAGAUACCGUACCUUAAAUGGGCCGAGCAGAUUGCAGAAGGGCUGGUUUUUGUUCACAGCAAGGGCGUCGUCCACUGCGACCUACGAUCGCCCAACAUAUUGGUCACAGAUACGCUCGAUGUCGUCCUAGCCGACUUUGCCUCGAGCUCAAUGGACGGAGCUAGGGUAUCCAAUGUGUACAACAAAACUAGAUAUCGACCGCCCAGCUUCGAUGAGUAUAAGUACGAAAGCUACCAAUAUACCGUUCAGGACGACAUAUUUGCAUUUGGUAGUGUGAUAUACAGCCUCGUUACAGCUGAAGACCCGUACCAAGAGCGAACAGAUGAAGAAGUUAUCAAGCUGUAUGCCGCGGGUACCUUCCCAGAUACCUCGGGAUGGCCUAUAGGUGCGGUGACUACCAAGUGCUGGCGUGGUGAAUACUCUGAUGCAGCUGAAGUGCUUGAAGACAUUCGUUAG